CGCGCAAGCGCCGCCGCUGAGGCGAGGCGAGCGGAGCGGAGCGGAGCGAGGGUGGGGGAGGACGCGGCGGGGCGGCCCAUCUUCCCCCGAGCUCCCGCCGGGCGCCAUGCGGCUGCCGCCGGCCCUCCUGGCCUUCGCUGUGGUGGUAGCAGCCGCCCACCGAAGCGCGGCCUUCCCCGGGGAGCAGCCGCCCGCAGUGCCUUCACCAACGCAGAUCGAAGUAAUAUCUGAAAAUUUCAAAACUGUCUUGCACUGGCAGUACCCAUCUAUGCCUGAAACUCCUCGUUUUAUUGUGGAAAUCAAACCUUACAAUCUAGGUUCCUAUAAGAUUGUCUCCACUUGUGUGAACAUUUCGGCUCCUUUUUGUGAUGUGACAAGGGAAAUUUAUGAUCCUUUAACCUCUCAUUGGCUUCGAGUUAAAGCCAUUGUCGGGUCACAACAGUCUGAGUAUGUUGAGACAGAUGAAUUUAUUUUGCUAAAGCAUGGAAAAGUAGGACCACCAAAACUGGAUCUCUCAAGGCGUGGUAAUGAAAUCAUAGUUGACAUUUACCAUCCUGAAUUCCCAUCUGUGGAGCUUCUUCCUUGGAUCGAAGACAUUUAUUCACUGCUCAUGUGCAGAGUGACUGUUAGGGAUAAGGAAGCUAAGAAUAACUACACAUUCAUUGAAGAUAACUGUGAUAUGUAUAAAUGUAGCCUCAACAUCUCAAUUCCUCCUGAAGGUUCCACUUACUGUGUUUCGGCAAAUGAAAGUUUCUAUAACGAUCUGAUGUUUGGUGACCCCUCGGAAGAAAGCUGCAUCCAUGUUCCUCUCAAGGAGCAGCCAUCGAGCACACAAUAUAUCAUCAUUUUAUGUGCUGUUACUCUCAGCCUGAGUAUGAUGUUGGCAAUGUGUUAUAGCUGGAGGAAACUAAAGAAGAAGAACAUAAUGCUGCCUAAGUCUUUGGUCAGUGUGAUAAGAAACCUGAACACAGAGAGCAUUCUAGAAUCAAAAUCGGAGGCGAGGUACAUAUCUGUAAUAAGCUUCGUGCCAUUCCAGUCAGCAGUGCCAGUGAAUAACGAUGAAGUGACCUCUCUGGAGGUAGAGCCACAGGAAGAAACUGGUAGUUGUGAGAAUUCCAGUGGAAGAGCAUCUUUUCUUCCUCCCCAAGAGGCACCAGCCAAAGCAGAAGAGAUGUCCGUGCAGGAAAGCACAGAGGAGGUACCUUCUGACGAUGAACAGAAUCGCGAAGUCAAGGAGAGUUAUUUCAUUUCUGACAGCAGCCAAAUGGAUGUGUGCAGUAACUCUUCAGGUCCAGAGGUUUCUGACAAAGAAAUACAACAAACAGUCAUUCCAAGCAGCUCUCUCAAGUUUUCUGGCUACGACAAGCCUCAUGUGCCGUUAGACAUGUUGAUAGAUGUUGGUGAAGAGCAGCCUGUGAUUGCUUAUAGGUCAGCAGACUAACAAGGAGAGGUUGAAGCAUUUAGCCAGCACUCAGGAAGAGAACAGCAUUACUGAAGAUGAUGGAAAGUCUGGGCUUUAUUAGGAACAUCCACAAGUUGUACUUCUUCUGAUCCAACCAGACUAAGCAGUACACAACUUAGUACUGUGGGAUCCUGAAGUGGAACUGAAAGUGGUGCCAAAGAACGGCCUAAAAUGGGAGGGGAAAGUUCAUAAUAACUACUUUUAGAACUGUUCAUGCAUAUGAUGUAAAUCACUAUUUCCUAUUUGAAAUAACGCUCUGUUUUUUGAACAAUAGUCUGUGCUGAAUCACAGAAUGGACUUCAUGAAGGAGUAUAAAACAGCAGCUGUAUCGUUAUCGCCUUCUGUUUCAAAUCAUUGAAAUUAUUUUGAAAAGGAACAUUAUGCUUAUGAAAUCCUCCACUUGUUUACAAUAGAGAAAUAUUUGAGAGGUUUUGCCUUAAUUGGAGGUAUUUUUGUUUUAAAUGAAAUGCUACUGUUUCUUUUAAGAAUAUGCCUGGCACCUGGAGCACCUCCUCCCCUUCCUUCUUCCCUGACCUUGGUAGUAUUGUCUUGUUUGAGAAUAUCAUGAAGUCAGGACUGCAAGAUGAAACGAAGCCUGAUGGUUGUUCAGUAGGGACUUGUUAGCCAUAUCUCUGUGGUAUCUGAAUAUUUUUUUCAAAACUAAAGGCAAGAAGGUGACGCUGAUGGUGCACUCUGUGCAUCCUUCCCGUGUUCUUGUCUGGUAUCCCAGACACUGGUGCAGAAGACAUAGCUUUCUGCUAGGUAGAGCCAUGGCUGAGCUCCCUUCUUGAGUUUUCCAGUUUUCCUUGCCUUUCUUGCAGGUCCCUGCACUGCCCUGGCCUUUCCCUGCCUCAGAAAAGCCCCUUUUCACUACUAUCACCUGGCUCUGCUACGGAUGUCUCGGCACCGGAGCUGUCAUUUGACAGCCCUCUGAGUUUUGUAGCAUGAGAUCAUAGUUUUGAAAACUGAAGGAAUUCUUAUUCCUUUUUUUUUUCUUCAUAUUUAAAAACUUUUGAGUCUGAUGCCUGCAAUCCAGUUAUUUCCCUUUAGUCAGGAAUUCAUGAGUGUUUCCUGUUCGGGGGAAAUGUUCUUAAUGAAGCUUAGUUCAGGGCAAAAAGGGUGUUUGGCAGAUACAAGGUGCUGCAUUUAUACAGAAUUAUGUCUCUUUUGAAAGAUAUUUUCUGUAGGAUUUUCAGAAAUGUUUACGUGUCAUAGAAAGUGAUUUUAAAGG